CACGCACACGCACACACACACGCACACGCACACACACACACACACACACACACGUAUAUACAUGCACACACACGCACACACACGUACACACACUAAUCUAUCAGCACGUCCUGCUCCGGGAGAUCAUUGUGAAUGAACCCGUGCGGAGCGCAGAGGAGAAACCGUGGUGCGAUACCGCAGGAUGUGGCCCGGGGCCUGACGACGGAGCGGUCACUGGGACUGGGACGAGGCUAAAAUGGCGUGAGAGGAGGUUUAGUGGAGGCUAGAGGCCGACGCUGACAGCGAGCUGCCGGACCCCCUGCCGGUCCUCCUGGCGGCUGAGCUCCCGGCGUCCCGUUACUCCCAAGCCGCCCCAUGCAGGACAGAACGCCUGCGAGUGGCUCCACGAACACCCAAUCCAAUGUUAUUUGCUCCUGCAACUGCACCGGAACCCAGCCACAGGGCAUGGAUAUAUCUGAACUGGAGUUUGUUCAGAUAAUAAUUAUCCUGGUGGUUAUGAUGGUAAUGGUGGUGGUGAUCAUCUGCCUUCUCAACCACUACCGGCUCUCUGCCCUGGCCUUCCUGAGCCGACACAGCCGAGCCCGGCACCAAGGCCACCGCCAACAGGCUACACAGCUGGUGAUGUACGGGCCCCAGGGCACCCAGGAGCGGCUGGUCUGCAACCCGCCCGCCUACACACAGCAGCAGAACCAGCACCUCUGCCGCUUCCAGCCCACCUACCCCUACCUGCAGCAGGACAUCAUCAACCUGCCGCCGUCCAUCUCCCUGUCCGACGGCGAGGAGCUGCCCCCCUACAAGGGCCCCUGCACCCUGAAGCUGCGGGACCCCGAGCAGCAGCUGGAGCUGAGCCGGGCCUCGGUGCGCGCGCCGCCCAACCGGACCGUCUACGACAGGAACUUCAUCGACAUUUAUGUCGGCCGCGGGCCGAGUUUCACCUCCGGAGUCGGCGGUGCGAACACUCGGACGGAGAGCCCACCGCCCACCUACAGCGAGGUGAUGGGACACUACAGGGGCAGCGCAGCGUUUUACAGCCAGUACAGCAAUAACACCUCCUCACUGCUCGACUGCGGGUCGGACUCGGGUAGCUUGUGGCUUGAGCGUCAGGCUGGCAGAAGGGAGAGUGAAAGCACAGCAGCGCCCUCUGGUGGUGAAAGCAAGCGGAAGCGGCAAGGGGGAGGAGAGGCGGAAGUGAGGAAAGUCCCGUGAGGCUUCGCGGGGCCACAUCUGCAGAACCCCCCCACGAAGGGUUAACUCGUCAUAUGUUUUUUAUUGAGCUGCAGUACAUUUUUUUGUAUACUCAAUGUAUGUUGCAGACAAUCCACUGCGAAUCCACUCUCGUCCACACAUACAAACAAAAAAGUAAUGGUUCAUGAUUUUUCAUAUAUAUUGAGUUGAAAAGACCCACAUUUAUGCCAGAAUUUUACACCAUAAUAGGUUUGGAAAAGAAGCCAAUUUGAACUUGCACUAACUCACUGUUUAAAUGCAGAGAAUAAUUCUUUGAUGUUUUUUCCUCUUUGUAUUUGAGUUGGUCUCCUUGUUUUUUUAAUAGUCAAUGCAGGACAGUAAAAUAUUAUCUUCAGUACCGACAAAGCCCAAACCCAGGCGUGGGGGGAGUUCACCACAGUCGGAGGAGAACCCGUGUCCGAAUCGUACUGACAAAAGGCCAAAAAGUCCUCCUGAAAUGGGCUGCCUGUCAGGGCAGCCCCUGCAGCGAUAUGGGCAUGACUCCGGGCCAGAGGGGUGAAGACAGAAUCAGUUCUAUGGUCAGGAGAAGACAGAAGCCAGCUCUAUGGUAAGAAGAAGCCUCAUCUGCAGGGUACUGGAGACAGAAGCCAGCUCUAUGGUAAGAAGAAGCCUCAUCUG